AUGUUCCAAAUCUCCGGCGACGUGUUCCAAACCGUCGGGCUAAUCAGCCGCCGUCACAACCGCCGGACCGUCCACAAAGUCGCCCACUGCCCCACCGGAGCCCUCUUCGCCCUCAAGUCCAUCCCGCUCGACGACGACGGCGGCCGGCGAUUCUCGGCCGUCCAGCCCCGCCGCGAGUCCGUCCUCCUCCUCGACCUCGACCACGCCAACGUCGUCAGGUGCCACGGCGUCGCCGAGGAUCGGCACGGCGGCGAGCUGAAGCUCCUGCUCGAGUACAUGGACGGCGGGUCUCUCGCCGGGAAGAAAAUCUCCGACGUCGGCCGGCUGGCCUCCAUCGCCGGCCAGGUCCUCGAAGGGAUCGCUUACCUCCACGGGAGGUGGGCCCCGCACUGGGACGUGAAACCGUCCAAUAUCCUCCUCGCGGGACACGUGGCGAAGAUCGCGGAUUUCGGGGCCAGCAGGUACCUUAGGACGAUAAGGGACAAGUCGGAGUUUGUCGAUGCGGUGUCGUAUAUGAGCCCGGAGAGGAUUGAAGGGGAGUCAAACGUCGUCGUUAGGGACUUGUACGGUUUUGCUUCCGACAUCUGGGGGUUUGGGAUGAGCCUGUUGGAGGCCUAUUUGGGCGAGUAUCCGAUCGGCGGCGGCGGCGGUGCCGAUUGCUCGAUGCUGAUGGCGAUGAUUUGCGGGCCGGAGCCGCCCGAAGCUCCGGCAACCGCGCCGGCGGAGUUUCGUGAUUUUAUUUCGUGUUGCCUGAGGAGGGAACCGAUGGCACGGUGGAGCGCGGUGGAGCUGCUUAGCCACCCUUUUAUAUUGCAUGGGAAAAGAGUUUAG